AAUUCUAUAAUCAAAAUAUGUUUUCUUUUAGUGGUGCGUGAUCUUGAUGGUUAUGUAUAUUUUCGAGAAACUGAUGGCAGGAUUUUAGCAGGAGGCUUUGAACCUGAAGGACAACCUGCUUUCGAAUUUGGAAAAAUUGAAGUUACUAGCAAAAACCGUUUUAUGCGCGAAAACUGGGAUCAUUUUCAUAUACUACUUGAACAAAUAUUACACAGGGUCCCAAGCUUACGAAAUGCCAUUUUAUAUCGUUUGGUUAAUAGUCCUGAAGCAUUUAGUGCUGAUUGUAAAUGGAUUGUUGGUGAAGCACCAGAGAUUGCAAAUUAUUUGAUAGCAGCAGGAAUGAAAACCGUCGGAUUAUCAGCAGUGGGAGGAGUAGGUCAAGCAACAGCUGAAUUAAUAAAAAAUGGUAAUACUUCUUUCGAUAUGUACGAAAUAGAAGUGUCUAGAUUUUUGGGUUUACAUAAUAAUCGAAAAUUUUUGCGAGAUCGCGUAAAAGAAGUUGUUGGAUUGCAUUAUGGUCUCAUAUACCCAUAUCAUGAGUUUAAAACCGGACGUAAUCUCCGGACAUCUCCUGUUUAUCCAAAAUUUCGAGAAUUUGGGGCAGUUUUUGGUCAAGUUAUGGGUUAUGAAAGACCCAAUUGGUUCGAUCCCGAUAUUAAAGUGUCAGAAGAAGAAGAAUCUGGAUGGUUUAUUCCAUAUCGUACAGCUUAUACAAAUACUUUUAAGAAGCCUCCAUGGUUUGACUUGGUAUCAUCAGAAUAUGAAGCUUGUCGAGAAAGAAUUGGAAUAAGCGAUUAUUCUUCGUUUACAAAAAUUGAUUUGUGGUCUAAAGGAAACGAAGUGGUAAACGCCUUACAAUAUGUAUGUUCUAAUGAUGUAGAUGUUCCUUUAGGAAACAUAAUUCAUACGGGAAUGCAGAACCAUCAUGGCGGUUACGAAAAUGAUUGUUCUCUUAUACGUCUGUCAGAUAAUCAUUACAUGAUGGUAGCCCCUUCCAUACAGCAAACAAGGUGCAAAGUUUGGUUGCAAAAACAUUUACCUUCUUCUGUAGCUGUGUCAGAUGUGACUAGUAUGUUUACUGCUCUUUGUAUUAUUGGGCCUUUUACUCGUACAAUGUUAUCUGAACUUACUGAUACAGACCUAAGUCCCAAAAAUUUUCCGUUUUUUACAUAUAAAUUGCUAGAUGUUGGAUUAGCUAACGGAAUAAGGACUUUAAACAUAACUCAUACCGGUGAAUUAGGAUAUGUUUUAUACAUACCAAAUGAGUAUGCACUUCAUGUUUAUUCAAGGCUGAUGCAGUUUGGAAAANUACUCAUCGUUUCAGAUAUAAAGCCAAGUUUCCAGAUAUCGAACGUGAAGCUUAUUUUGCAACAAGAGAUAAACAUGAGGAACCUAUUGUUGUUACCCGGAGAAAAAGUGAGAAUUAGGGUACAGCGUAUUUAUGUACAAUUAAUAUUGGAAGACCACAAUAGUGAAACCGAUCUGUGGCCGUGGGGUGGAGAACCCUUUUACAGAAAUGGAAAAUGUGUUGGAAUAUGUACUACAUCUGGUUAUGGAUUUACUUUUCAAAAACAGGUUUGUUUAGGAUUCAUUCAAAACAUUGAUGAUGAUGGUGUGCCCCAAAAAGUUACCAAUGAAUACGUCCUGUCAGGAGAUUACGAAGUCGAUAUUGCAGGAAUUAGGUAAAGCAAUUAAAAACAAUUAAAUAAUGAAGAUAUAAC